AUGCCGCCCAAAUUCGACCCCAACGAAGUCAAGGUGAUCCACCUCCGGGCCACGGGCGGAGAGGUCGGCGCCUCGUCCGCACUGGCGCCCAAGAUCGGUCCGCUCGGUCUGUCGCCCAAGAAGGUGGGAGAAGACAUUGCGAAGGCGACAGGCGACUGGAAAGGCCUCCGCGUCACCGUCAAGCUGACCAUCCAAAACCGCCAAGCCGCCGUCUCCGUCGUGCCCUCCGCCUCCUCGCUCGUCAUCAAGGCGCUCAAGGAGCCGCCGCGCGACCGCAAGAAGGAGAAAAAUAUCAAGCACACCAAGUCGAUCCCGCUGGAUGAGAUUAUCAACAUUGCGCGGACGAUGCGGUUCAAGAGCAUGGCGAAGGAGCUGAAGGGCACGGUCAAGGAGAUUCUGGGCACGGCGUACAGCACGGGGUGCCAGGUUGAUGGGCGGAGUCCCAAGGCGGUGAGCGAUGAUAUUGAGUCCGGGGAGAUUGAGAUUCCGGACGAGUAAAAAUAACUAUUGCGGACGGGAUUGUAUGGAUGGCGUUGGGGCUUGAGAGAGUGCAAUACUUCAAAGCACCGGGGCCGGGGGG